CUUCGGCGGAGGCGGCGGACCCUCGAGGCAACAUGGGCAUCAUGUUUUCCAAAGUGUUUGCGUCUCUGUUCGGCAGCAAGGAGGUUCGCAUCCUCAUCCUCGGCCUGGACAACGCAGGGAAGACCACUAUCUUAUACCGUCUUCAAGCCGAGGAGAUCGAGCAAACCGUGCCGACGAUUGGGUUCAACGUAGAAACCAUGCAGUACAAGAACAUCAAGUUCCAAGUAUGGGACCUCGGUGGGCAAACAAGCAUCCGGCCAUACUGGCGGUGUUACUACCCCAACACGGACGCGAUCAUCUACGUCGUGGACUCGGCCGACAUCGAUCGCCUCAACAUUGCCAAGCAGGAACUGCAUGCGAUGCUUGAAGAAGAAGAGCUGAAGGACUCUAUCUUGCUCGUGUUUGCCAACAAGCAGGAUCAACGAGGCGCGCUCAACGCCGCGCAGAUCUCGGAGGCCAUGGGGUUAUCCGACAUUCGGAAUCGACAAUGGAGCAUCAAGGAAACCACCGCCACGAAGGGCUCGGGGUUGUUUGAAGGGUUCGACUGGAUUGUCACGUGCAUCAAGGGUGAAUGAGAGUAGCAGAUACACAGCGAAUGGGGGAUAUAAUAAACAUGGGUGCAGAGUAAUAUGGAGA